AUGGCUGCUCUCCGACUCGCCGGCCCCUCCAUGGGACUCCUCUCCUCGACCGCCUUGACUCGAACGCCCGGUAUAUACGCAGCCGCCGGCAGCUCGAUAUCCGGUUCUCUCGCCGCGAAAUACCAUGCAUCCCGAUACGCAGUCGCUGCCGUGCUGCCGUCCCUGCUGUCAGAUAUCUGGGAGUCGAUCCUCCGCGCCGUGCCCAAGAAGAAGACCUCGCACAUGAAGAAACGACACAGACAGAUGGCUGGAAAGGCCUUGAAGGAUAAUAUCAGCCUCAACACAUGUCCGGCGUGCGGGAAUACCAAACGAGCUCAUCUGCUCUGUCCUCACUGCGUUGCCCGUAUGUCUCUGCAAUUGUACUCCUGA